AUGGCCACUAAACUGCCUCUACACUUUUUCCUCCUUUUCUUAUUUCUCACAUCAGGAUGGAAUGUGAUCAUGAUUAAUGGACAGAAAACAUGGUGUGUGGCAAAGCCUUCAUCAGAUCAAGCAACACUUUUAUCAAACCUCAAUUAUGCUUGCUCUCAAGUUGAUUGUAGCGUUCUUCGUAGAGGAUGUCCCUGCGCUACCCCUGACAAUCUCAUCAACCAUGCUUCCAUAGCCAUGAAUCUCUAUUAUCAGUCUAGGGGGAAAAAUCACUGGAAUUGUGAUUUCAGAGCAUCUGGUUUAGUUGUUGUCACUGAUCCAAGUUAUGGUGAUUGCAUUUAUGCAUAG